GCACCUGCUUCCCAACCACUACGGCCUACAUUUCCCAUCAGGCACCCUGCCGCGUUUUGUGUGUACCACUAAAUUGUGCUCGGUGGAGAACAGGCUGCCGUGUGUUGACAGUAACAGAGGACAAACUGAGAGCAAGGUGUCCAACAUGUCUGUGGAUUGGGUAGGAUAUGGUUACGCGGCCCUCAUCGCUUCUGGGGGAGUCAUAGGUUACGUCAAAGCAGGCAGUGUCCCCUCUCUGGCUGCUGGUGUUCUCUUCGGUGGACUCGCAGGUAUCGGUGCCUACCAGAUCUCCAAUGACCCUAAAGAAGUUUGGGUGUCCCUUGCUACAUCAGGAGCUCUGACUGGUGUGAUGGGAAAGAGGUUCUACGGAUCCAGGAAGUUCAUGCCAGCUGGCUUGAUGGCUGCAGCAAGUCUUGUGAUGGUGGGGAAGCUCGGUCUGUCUCUGCUCCAGAAACCCCAGGAGUCGUGAUGGAGUGAAGACUCUGAGGUGUACCCUAUGAUCUGUUUCAUGUCAGCAUCUGUCUUUCACUGUUGACCGUUAAAUGUUAUUUUGUAAAGUGUAUAUUGGAGGAUGAAAUAUAGAACCUUGUUUAUAUAAUAGAAA